AUGGCACUUCCUGGUGAAUUCCUCCUUCGGUUUUGCUGUUUUGCCUGGCUAUGUUUUUCUAGUAGCCUUGGUUCUCAGGCUUCUAGGAGAGAAGCUCAGAUUUCAGCUAGUUCUGAAUUGGAAUCUGAGGCUGAGCCUUGGUCCUUGCUGCAGCCUGCAGACAGGAGGGAGAGCUCUGGCCUCCUUCCCCCACUCUUCAAAGUCCUAUCUGAUGGGCAAGGUGGGGCACCUAGACUACAGCCAGACUCCAGAGCCUUGCAAUACAUGAAGAAGCUCUAUAAGGAAUAUGCUACUAAGGAAGGGAUUCCCAAAUCCAACAGAAGUCACCUCUACAAUACUAUUCGGCUCUUCACCCCCUGUGCCCAGCACAAGCAGGCUCCUGGAGACCAGGUGACAGGAAUCCUUCCAUCAGGGGAUCUGCUGUUUAACCUGGAUCGUGUUACCGCUGUUGAACACUUACUCAAGUCAGUCUUGCUGUACACUAUCAACAACUCAGUUUCCUUUUCCUCUCCUAUUAAAUGUGUAUGCAACCUGGUGAUAAAAGACCCAAAAUCUUCUGGCAAGACUCUCUCUAGAGCUCCACAUUCCUUUACUUUUAACUCACAGUUUGAAUUUGAAAAGAAACAUAAAUGGAUUGAGAUUGACAUAACCACCCUCCUUCAGCCUCUAGUGGCCGCCAACAAGAAGAUUCACAUGUCUGUCAAUUUUACCUGCCCGAGAGACCACCUGCAGCCUCCUUUGGCACAGGAUGGCCCGUUUAACAUGACUCUUCUGGUGUUCCCCUCCCUGAUCUUAUAUCUGAAUGACACAAGUGCUCAAGCUUAUCAUAGGUGGUAUUCCCUUCACUACGAAAGGAGGCCUUUGCAGGUUCCUGACCAGAAGAGCAAUCUGUCUACCUAUCCUGUGGGGGAAGAGGCUGCUAGGGAUGGGAGAUUUUCCCGUCACCGGAGAGGUCAGGAAACUGCCGUCUCUGAACUGAAGAAGCCCCUGGUUCCAGCUUCCUUGAAUCUGAGUCAAUACUUCAAACAAUUUCUUUUUCCCGAAAAUGAGUGUGAGCUCCAUGACUUUAGACUUAGCUUUAGUCAGCUGAAAUGGGACAACUGGAUCGUGGCCCCGCACAGAUAUAACCCUCGGUACUGUAAAGGGGACUGCCCCAGGGCAGUUCGGCAUCGGUAUGGCUCUCCAGUUCACACCGUGGUCCAGAACAUCAUCUAUGAGACACUCGACCCCUCAGUGCCGAGACCAUCGUGUGUUCCUGCCAAAUACAGCCCGUUGAGUGUUUUGACCAUUGAGCCUGAUGGUUCAAUUGCUUAUAAAGAAUAUGAAGACAUGAUAGCUACUAAGUGCACCUGUCGUUAACAAAUGGUCCUCCAAACUAAAACCUUGAGCCUAUUUGACAAAGUAAAUGUUGUCUGUCUGUGCCCUCAGGAGAAAGCUUCAUGUGUCAAAUCUCUAAAUGCAGCGUAUGCUGUAUGAGGAGGAGCCUGUGUAGAUUAGUACAUUCUGUGCCUAAAGGGUAACGUCAGUUGUUGCUACUGAACCUUUCUAUUUUGGAUAGCUUUGAAUUUUUUCCCUUGGCCUUUUUUAGAUAAGAGUCUUAUUCUUGAUGGGAAAAAAUUCUUAGCUUAAAUCUUGGAAUUGUAAUUAUAAACAGAUA